AUGGAAUCAAACAUCUCACAAGCCUUCCAGAAAGAACUCACCUGCUUCAUCUGCCUGAGCUGCCUUAUAGAGCCAGUCACUGUAAGUUGUGGCCACAGCUUCUGUCGAGCCUGCCUCCACCUUUCCUGGGAAGACAUCCAACUUCCUGUCCAAUGCCCUUUGUGCAGAGAACCAUCUCAGAAGGACUUGAGAACCAACAUUGUUAUGAAGAAGCUGGUAUCCAUUACCAGACAAACUAGCCUCAUGAAGCACCUGAGCUCUGAUGAGCAUAAGUGUAUGACCCACAAAGAGACAAAGAGGAUCUUCUGUGCUGAGAAUAGGAUCUUCCUCUGUCAACCCUGCUCUAACUCCGAUGAGCACAGAGGACACAGACACUGUCCCAUUGAAGCAGCUGCUGAGAGUCAAAUGGAACAACUUCUAAAGCAAAUGGCAUCUUUAUGGGAGAAGAUCCUAGAAAAUCAAAAGAAUUUAGAGGCAGAGAACAGAAUGACAACUCUGUGGAUGGACUACUUGACUCUUCGGGAAGAAAUGAUCAGGACAGAGUAUAGGAAACUACAUCCACUCCUCUGUGAAGAGGAAGAGAAACACAUUGAGUCUAUGAGAAAUGAAGGCCAAUAUGUUUUAGAGAAACUCAGGACAAGUGAAGCCAUGAUGAUCCAAAAGAGCAAAGAACUAAGAGAAAUGUAUCAGGAGCUGAUGGCAAUGUCCCAGGAGCCAUAUGUGGUCCUGCUGCAGGAUUUGGAUGACAUAUUCAGAAGGAAUGAGUCAUUGCAGCUGAGCAUGCCCCAGGCUGUGAAACUAGAACUCAAUGCCAUACCCAUCACUGGACUGACUGAAAAUUGUAACAACUUCCAAGUGCACAUCUUCUUUGAAAAUAUAAUUGUACAUUAUUACAAGAUGAACCUAUUUAAUGUUAUGAGAAGAUUCAUCUUCAGACCUCACCAUAAGGAUACAUUUGUGAAUACUGCUGGAUCCUGCUUGGCUUCCUGGGGAUCACAGAGUUUCAUCUCAGGGAAAUAUUACUGGGAGCUGGAUUUGAAGGACUCUUGGGAUUGGGCUGUGGGGGUCUGUAAGGAUUCCUGGUUAAGGAGUAGAAACCAAAUGAAUGAAUCUGAAGGUGCAUUUCUUCUUGUGUGUGUGAAGGAGGGUAAUCAAUACAGUCUCCUUACCACAUGCCCAGUUUUCCAACACUACAUAGAGAAGCCACUGGGCCGAGUUGGUGUGUUCCUUGAUUGUGAGGAUGGAUGUUUAAGUUUCGUGAAUGUUGCCAAGAGUUCCCUCAUAUACAGGUAUCCUCCUGACACCUUCAAUUAUCCUGUCAAGGCUUACUUCUCCAGGGGACAAACAUGA